GGGCGCUGUGGAGUCGCGUCUGCGGUCAGACAGUGUAGUGCAGUAAGUGCAGGACGCUCUACUGUGAUGGUCAGUGCUAGACCCUUAACAGACCUCAAUUAGAGUCCAUCACGAUCACAACUACAAACGAACACUCCUGAGUUAUUGGAGAGCGCAAUAAACUGACAGAGUAUACGGAAAUAAGAUUUGCUGAAGAAUCUUCUCGGGUUUUGUGGUACUAUGCCAGAAUCCAGAUGCCAUUUGGACAUUCAGCCACCUGGAUCCGAAUGACACCUGUAGCCAACAUCCAUGCUUACCAAACACUAUGCCAACAUGCUUCACAGAAAUGGAUCUAUCUGUACGUGCCGUGGACCCCAUGAGGAGUGAUCUCUGAGUGUCUAGUGCCAUCAUCAUCACCCCCCAGCUCUUCCUCUCAUUCUCUGCAUCUCUUCAGCCAUAAUCACUACUUCUGCACCUGUACGUUAGUGUUCACUGGGAUUCGAGGAGCAUAAGCAGCCGUCAUCACUGAUCUCAUCCUCAGCCCAAAGGUUACGACGCCGCUGUUUGACGAUGACUCGGCUUUUGUAUGUCACUGUGGUUUUGGCCAAACUCUGCCUGCUUCUGAGGCUCUGUGCUGGAGCGGGUCAGAAUCCCGACCAUGUGCUACAGGGCACUGGAGUGAAGCCUGGCUCAGACUCCAGAAGGCCCCGGGGCGACUCUACUGUGGCCCCAGAGGAUGCUGCCCGCUUCCUCAGCUGCCACUGCUCAGGACACUGCCCUGAUGACGCCAAGAACAACACCUGCGAGACAAAUGGGCAGUGCUUCGCCAUCAUUGAGGAAGAUGAAAAUGGAGAUGUGAUCUUAAGCUCAGGCUGUAUGAAAUAUGAGGGCUCUCACUUUCAGUGCAAGGAUUCACAGUUUGCACAGACACGUCGAACCAUCGAAUGCUGCCAGUUUGACUUUUGUAAUCGAGACCUAAAGCCAGAGUUACCGCCUCGAGACACUGAACCACCAGACCCUCACUGGCUGGCCUUCCUCAUUUCAGUGACUGUGUGCUUCUGCACCCUCAUCUGUGUCACUGUCAUCUGUUAUUACAGGUAUAAGUGGCAGACAGAGAGGCAGCGCUACCACAGAGACCUGGAGCAGGACGAGGCCUUUAUCCCAGCAGGAGAAUCUCUGAAAGAUCUCAUCAACCAGUCUCAGACCUCAGGCAGUGGCUCCGGGCUCCCCCUGCUGGUGCAGCGCACCAUUGCCAAGCAGAUCCAGACAGUGCGUCUUAUUGGAAAAGGCAGGUAUGGAGAGGUGUGGCUCGGCCGGUGGAGGGGCGAGAAGGUAGCAGUGAAAGUGUUCUUCACUCGAGAGGAGGCCAGCUGGUUUAGGGAGACAGAGAUCUACCAAACUGUGCUCAUGAGACACGAGAACAUACUAGGCUUCAUUGCUGCUGAUAUUAAUGGCACUGGAGCAUCUACGCAGCUGUACCUGAUCACAGACUACCACGAGAACGGCUCUCUGUAUGACUAUUUGAAGUUCACCACUCUGGACACGCAGGCCCUGCUCAAACUGGCGUACUCUGCAGCCUGUGGCUUGUGCCACCUGCACACGGAGAUCUACGGCACGCAGGGGAAGCCAGCCAUCGCUCACAGAGACCUAAAGAGCAAGAACAUCCUCAUAAAGAAAAACGGCACCUGUUGCAUCGCUGACCUCGGGCUUGCCGUCAAAUUCAACAGUGACACAAAUGAAGUGGACAUCCCACUGAGCACACGUAUGGGCACCCGACGCUAUAUGGCUCCAGAGGUCCUGGAUGAGACUCUGAACAAGAACCACUUCCAGGCCUACAUCAUGGCGGACAUCUACAGUUAUGGCCUGGUUAUAUGGGAAAUAGCCAGACGCUGUGUCACUGGAGGUAUCGUCGAGGACUAUCAGCCGCCGUAUUAUGAGAUGGUGCCAUCAGAUCCGUCGUAUGCGGAUAUGCUUGAGGUUGUGUGCGUCAAAGGACUGCGGCCCACUGUAUCCAACAGAUGGAACAGUGAUGAGUGUUUGAGGGCCAUGUUAAAGCUGAUGUCAGAAUGCUGGGCCCACAAUCCCGCGUCGCGCCUGACCAUCCUCCGUGUCAAGAAGACUUUAGCAAAAAUGGUGGAAUCGCAAGACAUUAAAAUCUGAGUGGUUUUUAUUUCGUCUCUGACAUCAUUGUACCUUUCACAGAGUAGUAGGAGAGUCGGUGAUGGUAACACAGCUAACUAUGAAAUAUAGCAAGCUCUCGUUCUCUGCUGGAUCAGACAAUGGUGCCUUUGCUGCUUUCUGUGAAAGCUCUGUCAUUGCAAACUUGGAUGAGAGGAUUACUGCAACGGACUGAAACAGUAGAGUGGGAAAGAAUAACAGACCCCACUGCCUUAAAAUACACUCAAGAUUUUCUGCAUAUGUUUCUUUAGACUUCCUGCCAUAUGGAUGAAAUGCUGUUGACUUCUCAUGGAAUCUGUGUAAAGCAUACUGUGAUUUAAUGUAUGAUGUGUAAUAUAUUAUAGUAAUAGAUUAACUGACAACAGAGCAAAACAAUAUGCUAUCAAUAUAAUCUCGUCCAGUUGUUGUAGACUACCUGAUGUGUGGCAUUUUAAGAAUCAUGAUUUAAAUACACAAAAGUUCUUCUCUCAUCUGCCACAAAAGGUUAAAGGUACAUAGAUGCAUGCUGCGUUUUCAGUAGAUGCAGUUUAAUUUGUCAAAAUGGCUAUUGCUUAAACUGUAUAUAUUGUUUGCGUUUUUAAAGCAUGCUAUUUUUAACAUCCUCAAAAUAGAAAACAUUCCCAGUGUGUAAGCCUUUGACCGUAUAGUUUCAUAAAGUGAACCAGCUACAGAUACAUCUGACUUUAAUUAGGAAAGAAAAGUCUUCAUACUGACAGGUCGAGUGCAGCAGCGAUUUCUUACUUCACUGCGGUCAGUAUGAACAGCCCUUCAAAGUUGCCAAACUUAGUGGAGUGUUUUUUUGGGGAUCGGUUGAUACAUUCCCCGAGUUCACUUUAUUUAGAGAUGCUGGGUGCAGGUUUUUUGGUACGGAUUACUUUGUGACUUUCGAGGAUUUGGUGAUAUUCUGAGCGUAUGUCCUUGCCAAUGUUAUGAAUCUUGUUUGAACUGUGUUUAUGUUUUUGAGGAGGCUGAAGGUGAAGGGUACGACUGUAACAUCUGUUAGACAUCAGUGCUUUUAUAUUUCAGUAAGGGCUGCCAAAAUACGCUCUUGGUAACUGGUACGAUCCAAAACACACAAUGUUGCACAACAUGUUUACAGAACUCCCAUGCAUUUUGUUUUUUA